AUGAGUGCGGCGCCGUUGAACGUCGCCGCUGCGGCGGGCAGCGCAGCCCUGCGCGAGUCCAUCCUCGCGUCAGACACCACGACGGCACGCAUCCAGGAGGUGCUCCAGCGCAUCUCGAAUGACGCGAAGGACCUCGCACAGGCUUCCGUUCCUAUCAAGGUCCGCAUGACGGCGCUCUCCGCCGCGCACGACAACAUCGAGUCCGUGCGCAACGAGGCGGAAGGCAUCCUGAAGGCCAUCGCGCAGGCCCGGGAGCUCGCGCGCCGGCAGGGCACCGAGGACCUCAGCGCAGCGACGCACGACCCCAGCACGCUCCUCAAACGCCUCGACGAGAUCCAGACCUCCUCCAAGUACCUCGAGAAACACCUCGGGCUCAAGGUCGCGAAGGACGCACUGGCGGAGAUGAGCCGCGCGCGCACGCGCCUCCUCGACCAGUGCCUCGCGCUCACGAGCACCGAGCUCGGCACCUUCCAGCACCCGAUGCCGCUGUUGGACCUGCUGCGGGCCGCUGCUGCGGGCAGCGACGACGAGGACGGCGCCGCGGCCGCCAGGGGCGCGGUCGCGCGCGCGCACCCGUCCGCGCGCGCCCUCGACCCCGCGGCCGUCGAGAAGCUGCGCCCGCUCGUCUCCGCGAUGGUGGACGCCGGCGACGAGCGCUUCGCCACCGUGUGGGUGCAGCAGCGGCGACAGGCCCUGGAGACGACCUUCGAGGCCCUGCCGUGGGCGACGAGGCAGGACGCGCUGUCCGCGGCGGUGUACUCCCUCCCGAACGCGCCCCCGGAGGAGGUGGACAGGUGGGCCGGAGAGGCGGUGCUGGCGGCGCGCGCGAUGGCGUGUCUGGCGCCGGCGGAGGCGGCGGCGGCGGCGGACGUGCUGCCGUAUCGGCUCGCGCAGCAGUCGACGGAGGCGCUGCUGCAGAAGCCGCUCGCGGCGGUCGGGCAGCUGGCGCGCGGCGUGGCGGCAAAGGCGCCGCCGUCGCCGACCAAGGUGUUCGGGCUGCUGGCGGCGCACGAGGCGCUGCUGGUGCUGCUCGAGGAGCUGCGGAAGUGCUUCGGGGACGGCGAGGGGCCCGUGGUCCGCACGCAGGCUCUGGUCAACGACGUCGAGGCGACGGCCCGGCGGGAGUUUGAGUCUUUGGACGGCGCUGCGGUCGGGGAGGGCAUGGGCGCGGCCGGCCCCGCGCAGACGGCGACGGCCGCCGCGAAGGUCCCGGACGCGAGCGUGCACCCGCUCACUGCGAACACGGUCACCUACGUGCGCCUCCUGUUCAAGCACGGGGGGUCUCUGGGACUCCUCCUCGGGGACAAACCCCCGCAGUCCCCCGCAGACACCCCCGCGUCGCACAGGCGCGCGCGGUCCGCCGCGGAGCCCGGCCGGCUCGCGGUGGCGGUGCGGCGCAUCAUGAGCCGCCUCGAGGGCGAGCUGACGGCGGUGGCGGCGCAGUACAAGUCCCCGGGGAAGGCGGAGCUGUUCCAGAUGACGAACGCGGCGUUCGUGCUGUCCGCGGUGCGGCAGUGCGACACGCGGAACGUCCUGGACGCCGGGUGGUACGAGGGGCAGCGCGGGAGGGUGUUGGCGUACGCCGGGAAAUACAAAGACAAGUCUUGGGGCCCUCUGGUGCAGAGACUCGAGGCCGAGACCGCGGAGGUCGCGGAUCUGAAGAGCUUCGAGGGCCGGCUGCCGGACCGGCGGCGCGCGCCGAUCAAGGCGACGUAUGCCGCGUUCAAUUCAGGGUUGGCAAAGACCUGCGCGCAGCAGGCGCGGUGGUGGGUGCCGGACGGGGACCUGCGCGAGCGGCUGCGCAAGAGCGUGGCGAAGCAGGUCUGCGAGGCGUACGCGAGGUGGCUGGAGGCGACCCGGGGCCUUGCGUUCGCGCGGGACACUUCGAAGUCGAUAAAACACAAUCCCCAGCAAGUCCAUGACUUGGUGGUCUCGCAGCUCUUCGAGGGACGCAGCGCGCGGGGCGCGGGCGCCGCGGGCUCCCGCGCCACAUCCGUCGGCUUGACCGGCGCGGGAAACAAGCCGAUGCAGGUCGUCCGCGCGAUGUCCGCGGGCACAAAGCGCGCCGCUGCCGCCAUGGGAUCGGCCCUCCGCGCCGCCUCGCCGUUCCGGCGCCGCGACACCAGCGCCUCGCGGUCGAGCAGCAGCGUGCCGUCGUCGUCUCCGCGCAGCGCGAACGGCGCCCCGGCCCGCCAGGCGUGGAACCCGCACGCGGCCGCAGCGCCGCUGCGUGCGCCCGCGGCAGAGGUUGCUGAAACGCCCGCGGCGCCUGUGCGCCCGGGCUCCGCCGCGCCGGUGCGACCGCGCGCGGCAAAUGGCAGCGCCGCCCGCCCAGGUUCGGCACAAAACGGGACGUCGGUGCUGCAGAGUGGCGCGGGGAACGGAGGCGACGAUCCGGGCGCGUUCCAGGGGCAUGGGUUCCGGUUUCGGCCGUCGGUUGACGCGGACGCGGACGGCGUACGGCCUAUGGGUCGGCCGGGCCCGCCGCAGCGACCGCCAGGGGCGCCGCCAGCGCAGGGUGCAGCGCCUGGUGGGGCAGCGAAGCCGUUCGUGUACGUUCACGGCGCGGGAGGGUCCCGGAAGCAGACGCCGUCGCGGCGGAACACUGCGAACUCGAACGUGAGCGGCAGCGCGCGCGGCGCGGUGCCCAACAGCAACGAAGCCAAGCCAACCAAGGGAGGAGGUCUCGCAGCGAAGCUGCGCGGGAUAUCUCCGUUCAGGAAGCGCCCGCAGGGCGACGGGGCCGGCACCGCGGAGCUGGGCGCCGGGGGCCGUGCCGCGCCCCCCCGCACGGGCCCGUCGAUGCGGCCAGCAAUCGCGGCGCCUACAAACAGUGCCGGGCAGGGCCCGGGCGCGCCGCCCGCGGCGCGCAUGCCGUUGCGGCCCGGCGGGCGGGCUGCCACGCCGCAGGGCAACGGCCGGGCGGCGCAGGGCGCCCCGCAGACCGCCCCGCAAGCGUACACUUAUGCGCACGGGCAGCCUGCCGCUCCGCCGCAGCAGCCGAAGGCGCACGCGUACCAGCACGGCGCGCCAUCGGCGGGGCAGCCGCGGCCUGUGAAGCGCGCGCCGCCGCAGGCGACGCGGCCGCAGGGCGGCGCGGGGCGCGCGGCGGUGUUUGGGGCAGCGCAGAAUGCGAGGGAGGAGCUGCUGGGGGCGCGGGCGGCGGCGACGCGGACGGCGCGGGCGGCGCGGACGAUGGCGGAGGGGCUGGGGCGCGUGGACGGGGAGCUGGGCGCGGCGCGUGGCGGGUUCGAUGCGGAGGACCUCACAUAG